CAAAAGUAAAGUCACAAGAAAAAAAGUACACACGAAUUUUUCAUAAUUUCAAUUAAUAAUUUAUUUAUUUUUAAUAAAAAAAAUAACAAGUGAGUGAUAUAGACAUAAUGGGAAAUAAACAAAUCAAACAACACCUGGAAACAGCACAAAAAACCGGAAUACUAAAGAUUUCUUUGCAAAGGCUGCAGGAACUGCCACCACAAUUAAAAAAUUAUCCAAAUGUUUUGAAAACUUUGGAUCUGUCGCAGAAUCGUUUCGAACAAAUACCAGAAGAAAUUAGUAAAUUUACCCUCAUCAAACAUUUCAAUAUGAAUGGGAAUCGUAUAACCGAGGUGUCCGAUGCAUUGGGAGAACUUAUUAAGUUGGAGGUGUUGAUAUUAAACGAUAACAUGAUUACACGUAUACCCAGAUCACUGGGCAAUUGUAAGAACCUAAAGACUGUUAAUUUGAGUCACAACCAAAUUACCGAGUUUCCCGUGAUGUUGUGCGGCCUUAAACAUUUAGACGUUUUGGAUUUGUCUCGCAAUAAAAUCACCACCAUACCAAAUGAAGUGGGCACAUUGUAUGUGACCGAGUUGAAUUUGAAUCAAAAUCAAAUUUCCUCUUUGUCCGAAGAGAUAGCAGCUUGUCCCAAACUGAAAACCUUGCGUUUGGAAGAGAAUUGUCUGCAGGCGAAUGCUUUUACACCACGCAUACUCAAAGAAUCGAAAAUUUCUAAUUUGUCAGUGGAUGGCAAUUUGUUCCAGUCGAAACAAUUUACCGAUCUAGAUGGCUACGAUGUCUACAUGGAACGUUAUACAGCCGUAAAAAAGAAAAUGUUUUAAUGUUUGAGCAUCCGUGUUAUUGUUGGGUAGAACAAAUGAUAAAUUAUAAAAAAUAUAUAAUUCUGCAAAAUAUAUUUAAACAAAUAUGUAUUCAUAAUCAUAUAACACCACCUAAGUAAAAUGAAAAAGACAAACACAAACGCUUUACUUAUCAAGCAUUCUUUAGAUAUUUAUUUAGGAGUAUAAUGCAAUUGUAAAACUAGCUUGAAUUACAUUAAAUUAUUGUAUGAGUGUGACUGUAUUUUCACUAAUUUCUAUUUUGAUAAUAUUAUUAUUGUAUUUAAAUUACUCUAUUUCUUGAAUAAAGUAAUAUGUAUGCGAAAAAA